UAGUUCCGAGGAUCAAGCGAAGAAAGUGACAAAACAGAAAACUUGAAUCGAAUUUGAUAAAAUCUAUGCGUUUAAGCGCAUAUAACGUCUAAUGUAUUAAACUAAAUUAUUAUUGACUUUCAAUAGAACGUUAAAAUUUUCUUAAAAACCUGAUCAUUUGUCCAAAGUCUGAAACUUUUUACCAGUUUUAAAGAGAAAUAGAGGUUACCAGACUUUUAAUAUUCAUUUUCCGAGAGUGAAGGUUUCUGAAAUGGCUGGAGCAAUGUUGUUCGAAAGAGCACAAGCAGUCUCGAUGACAAAUCGUAGCGAGGGCAUUUCACUUUUAAAUGAAAUCGUGUCUGAUCCAAGUAUCGGUGUUACCGAAGAUGACGAGGAUAACAUUCGUGUGAAGGAACAGGGUAUUUUACAUCUUGGUGAACUUUACAAGAAAGAAGGAAAAGCUAAAGAAUUAGCGGAAUUGAUUAAAGCUACUAGACCAUUUCUAAGUUUGAUUAGCAAAGCCAAAGCUGCCAAACUUGUACGAUCAUUGGUAGACUUUUUCUUGGAUCUGGAGGCUGGUAUUGGCAUUGAGGUUCAGUUGUGCAAAGAAUGUAUAGAGUGGGCAAAGGAAGAACAUAGAACAUUUUUAAGGCAAUCGUUAGAAGCACGUUUAAUAGCAUUAUAUUUCGAUACUGGUAUGUAUAGUGAAGCUUUACAGUUAGGAUCAGCAUUGCUGAAAGAGCUUAAGAAGCUGGAUGACAAGCAACUCUUAGUGGAAGUUCAAUUACUGGAAAGUAAAACUUAUCACGCGUUAAGUAAUUUAGCCAAAGCAAGAGCAGCUCUUACCAGCGCUAGAACAACUGCUAAUGCAAUUUAUUGUCCUCCUAAAAUGCAAGCUGCUUUGGAUUUACAAUCUGGCAUUUUACAUGCUGCGGAUGAGCGAGAUUUUAAAACUGCAUAUUCUUAUUUUUACGAGGCAUUUGAGGGCUACGACAGCGUCGAAAGUCCAAAGGCUUUAACAGCUUUAAAAUAUAUGUUAUUGUCAAAAAUUAUGUUACGCACACCGGAAGAUGUUCAGUCUAUUAUGUCCGGAAAAUUAGCUGUUAAAUACGCUGGACGAGAUUUAGACGCGAUGCGUGCGGUUGCCGAAGCGAGUCAUCGCCGUUCUCUAGCAGACUUUCAGGCAGCCGUAAAAAAAUAUCGCGAAGAACUAGAAGACGAUGUAAUCGUGCGCGCUCAUCUGGGCUCUCUCUACGAUGCGAUGCUUGAACAAAACUUAUGCCGCUUGGUCGAACCUUAUUCACGCGUACAGGUCAGUCAUAUCGCAACCUGUAUAUCAUUGCCACUCGCGCAAGUGGAAAAGAAACUUUCACAAAUGAUACUGGAUAAAAAACUGAGGGGUGUCCUCGAUCAAGGGGAAGGAGUCUUAAUCGUUUUUGAAGACACCCCUCGCGAUAAGACUUAUGAAAUUGCAUUAGAUACGAUACACAGCAUGGGCAAGGUCGUCGAUACUCUUUACCAAAAAGCAAAAAAACUCACUUAGCCUUACUUAAUAUAUAUUUUUGUCAGUGAAGUUUGUUAUAAUUAUUAUUACCAUUAAUUAUCAUUUGGUGUCCUUAAGAAUCAAAUUAAAUUUCAUUCUGCGAUGUUCAUUGUGUAAUAUAAAACUUGGUUCUGCCUCACA